UGUCACUUUUGAAGAUCGUCUGCGAUAUAUGGAGAAUCGACGAGAGUAGUCGUUUAAUCAGAAUGAUUAGCACAACCACCGAAGCAACAGCGGCAAAAGCCAAUAGCCCCAAAGCAAACCAGCAAGCAGUCAAGUGUUGGCAACGUAGAGGAACGCACGCGAUUUUCAAAACUUCGAAACGAGUAAUAAAAUCUAUUACAUACAUAUAACGAUAACAUUGCAUUUCACAACGAAGUCGUGACGUUGAUGUGAAGCGCAAUAAACAAAUCGACAAGCAACGAAAAGAAAAACGAUUAUUCGGCGGUAUACGUGUCACAAUUUAAAAAUAAGCACUCGUUUCAAAUUAGCGAGUGAUUGAGUUCAGACACUGCGACUAAUUAAGUCGAUCACUAAUAUAGAGGAAGUUUCCUAAUUGUAACAUCUUAGUGAUGGAGAAAUCGGGCCACCCCGGCAACUAUCCGCGCAUGCCAGUCGAGAUGCAAGAGGCCACACAUAGCGGCUAUACCGAACAGUCACCAGCCGCACCGCCAUCCUAUGAUCAAGCUACUCAUGCAGCACCAUAUCCCCCAGUGCAAGUUUUACCUACGCCCAGUGGCGCCGCGCAGAUGCAGCAGCAGCAGCAACAACAGCAAUAUAGCAGCACAAAAGCAACAGGCGCAGCAGCAACAGCAGCCGGCGGCGGAAUUGGCGCUCAACACACCUUUGGCGGCAACCCGCACUAUGGAGCAACCAGCAUGGGUGGUGGUAUACCGCCACCACAUCACACUUACACGUCGAAUGCGUCAGCCACCACGCAGCCAAUGGUUCAACAGCCAGUUGUGAUAAUUCAACAACAUGCCAUUUUGCCCUUGGGACCAGAGCCAACCAUUGUUUCAUGUCCAGCAUGUCAUGUCACGAAACUAACACGCAUCGACUAUGAACCAAGCGCCAGGACACAUUUAAUGGCAGCAAUACUUUGCAUAGUGGGCUUAUGGUGCUGCGUCUGUUUGCCCUACUGUGCAGAGAGUUGCAUGAGUACGAACCAUUAUUGCGGUAAUUGCAAUAAAUUCCUGGGCACCUACAAUGGCGGCGGAUUCUAAUGGAUUGUGAAGCAGGCAGAAAGCAGCGGUUGACCUUCAAACACUCGCCAGCAUUAUUCUUUUGUUUUCGCUUACAUUUUUUAUAAAACCAGUAGUUAAUCAAUGAAUCUUAAAUUUUUUCAUAUUUAAGUACUAUGUAAAAUAUAUUGCGAUAGCACGAAGGUAUUGCAUGCGCAGGAACAGAAGCACUAUGUACAUAUGUAUAUGCACACAAAGCCACACAUGCAUAUGCCUAACUGUUUACAAGUGUUAAUGCACGAUUAUUUAAUGAUUGAUAAAAGCUUUAAAUAAACUUACAUAAUAAAUACUUAUGUACCUCUACACAAUAAAGUAUAUUUUUCAAAAUA